CAAAUUUCUUGUUUUCUCAACAGAAACCAAAAAAAUAAAAGUACUGGAGCCACAUUCAUCCUCCUGGGAUUCUCAGAAUAUUCAGACCUCCAGGUGCCCCUCUUCAUGGUCUUCCUAACCAUCUACAUGGUCACUGUUGUUGGGAACCUGGGCAUGAUCAUGAUCAUCAGGAUCAACCCUAAACUCCACACCCCCAUGUACUUUUUCUUCAGCCACUUGUCCUUUGUUGAUUUCUGUUACUCUUCAGUAGUUACCCCUAAACUAUUAGAAAACUUGGUUGUGGAAGACAGAACCAUCUCCUUCAUAGGGUGCAUCACACAAUUCUUCUUUCUUUGCAUAUUUGUGGUGGCUGAAACAUACAUGUUGGCAAUGAUGGCUUAUGAUGAAUUUGUAGCAGUUUGUAACCCCUUGCUCUAUACAGUUGCAGUGUCCCCAAAGCAUUGUCUCUUUUUGGUGGCUGCCUCAUACUCUUGGAGUAUAGUCUCUUCCUUGACAUUCACCUACUUUCUGUUGACAUUAUCCUUCUGUGAGACCAACUUCAUAAACAACUUUGUCUGUGAGCACACUGCCAUUGUUGCCGUGUCUUGCUCUGACCCCUAUAUUAGUCAGGAGAUCUUUAUAGUGUCAGCCGCAUUCAAUGAAAUAAGUAGCCUUAUGAUCAUUCUUACGUCUUAUAUUUUCAUUUUUAUCACUAUCAUGAAGAUGCCAUCAACUGGGAGGAGAUACAAGACCUUCUCCACCUGUGCCUCCCACCUACCUACCAUCACCAUCUUCCAUGGAACCAUCCUUUUUCUCUACUGUGUGCCUAAUUCCAAGGGCUCAGGGAUCAUGGUCAAGGCAGCCUCUGUAUUUUACACAGUGGUCAUUCCCAUGCUGAAUCCCCUGAUCUAUAGCCUCAGGAACAAAGAUGUGAAGGAGGCAGUUAGGAAGUUAGUGAAUACCAAGUAACCAUGUCACAAACUGUAAAGUUGGUAAAGAUUUAUUUAUUCAUUUUUCCAGAGAAUUGUGAGAGCUGCCUAAGUGUUAAAGCUGUUAUAUUGAUUCAGAUUCGUUUUCAAAUAGCAAAGCAGUGCAUGUGUCCAAUGUAACUCUCCAUUUGAUUGCUCACCCAAUAACAUUUUUCCUUACAGCUUAGUAAAUUAGUUGAAAAAUAAUUAGUAAGAUGGUAAUUAAAGCUCGGUUCAUUUAAACUAAGGCUCUUGAAUCAGAAUUUGGCAA